CCGUUUCACUGAGAUCUAAGUUGAGAUGAGUCGUGAGUGGAUAAUCUCAUUGGUGAAUUUCAAUUUCCGGAGAAAAUUGCAUCUCAAAAUUUGCAUUUGCGUAUCGCUCGCAGAUAGUGAGAAUAGGCUUUAUAAAUUAGCUCCUCAAGACAGUGAGAACAACUCAUCUCAUUGUUUAUUUGGUUCGAUCAUUUUGGACACGGCAGCCUGUCAGCGGCGUUUUUGUUUUUGUGCAUAAGUUACUAAUACUCGAAUUUAUAAUUUAGAUCUGAAUUUUUUUCUCUCGUGUUUUUUUCAAUUAUGAAUUAUAAUGAUUUGGCAGAAGCACUGCCAUUUAUUUUAGGCUUGUUAACUGUUCUCGCUGGAUAUUUAUUUUACAUUAAUCGGGACAAACAAGGGGAAAAUCCUGAAGAAGAAGAUAAUCAUGCUGAAAACGACUCACAAGCUACUCAUGUUGAGCAAGAACAGAAAGCGUCAUCAAAACAGAAAAAAUUGGCACCGUUGAAGAAAAAAGAAGUUAAAGAUACUUAUACUCACAAGUGGUUACUCACUAACUUAAAAGGACAUAGUGGAGAAAUUUCAGACCUUGAUUUUAGCUCGAAUGGAAAGUACUUGGGAUCUUGUGCUACUGAUCGAGCUGUGAUGUUAUGGACUGUGAAAACUUUUACUGAGAAAAAUCAUAGAUCUGUUCGAGCCAACAUUGAAUUUGACUAUGCAACUCGCAUCAAGUGGAGCCCUGAUUCCAAAGCUUUUGUUGCAUCUGUUGCAACUGCCAAUACUGUUCAAGUUUAUAAAGGGGGAAAAAAGAGUGAUGGCACACUUGGCAAUUUUGAAUUGAUUUUAACAUUCCCAACUGCACAUAAGGUUGACAUUAUCAAUAUAGGCAUUGCUUGUAAUGGUCAUUUUAUAAUGAGUUGUUCCAGUGAUACUACAAUUAAUAUUUGGGACUUAAAAGGUCAAAUACUUGCUACUGUUGAUACAUUACACAUCAGUAAUUAUUAUGCUUGCGUUUCACCGUGUGGAAGAUUUGUUGCUUCUUCUGGUUUUACUCCUGAUGUUAGAGUCUGGGAAGUGAGCUUUUCAAAAACUGGAGAAUUUAAAGAGGUUAAACGUGCAUUUGAGUUAAAAGGUCACACAUCAGGAGUUUUUCAUUUCUGUUUUUCAAAUGAUUCAUCAAGAAUGGUUACAACUUCUAAAGAUGGAACUUGGAAAUUGUGGGAUACUAAUAUUGAAUACAGCAAAGGUCAAGAGCCAUACCUAUUAAAAACUUGCCAGCAUGGAAUAAAUUCAAAAUGUGUUAUUGCCCUUUCCCCUGACGGAAGAACAAUUGCCCUUGCCUCAAUUACAUCAUCUGAUGUUCUUAUAUAUUCUGGUGUUACUGGAGAACUUCAAGCUGAGCUUAAAGAUAUUCAUCCAGAUCUUAUAAGAUCUCUACUAUUUUCACCUCCGGAUGGCCAGCAUUUGUUAGUAGCAGUUGGAAGGCAUAUUAGGAUAUUUAAUAACAUACCAGGAUAUAAAAAUAAAAUUUUAGAUUUCGAAGAGUCUAAAAAGAAUGCCAAAAAUGUAUCCAUGAAGGAUCGCUUACAAAGUCAAAUAGAUGAAGCAAGGUUGACUCUGAAAAGUUUUGGAGAAAGUUAAUAAUUUUGCAACACAAGUACAAAAUAACUUUGUGCCAGAAAUAUUUUCACUAUGUCAUCUUUACAUUAAAAUGAUUCUAUAAAGUAAUCAUUCUAAACUUGCAUGCAAUCACAUUUUAUAUGAAAUAUAAAUAUUUGAUAACAGACAUUUGGCUGGCCAAUUUUAAUUUGCGAGACACUUUAAUUUUUGUACGUUUGAUCCAAACUGUAUGACACUAAUAAAAUUUAUAUGUAAAAAAAUGUUUUAAUUUUAUUGAAUGUUUUGUUAUUUCCUCUCAGUUAUUUUCAUAAAUCAUUUAUUGUUGAAUCCUU